AUGAAUGAAGCGAAAAAGGCAAGAACUAUUGCUAAAUCAUCAUUUACCCGUAGUGCUAAAUCCAUCCAACGGCUAAUCGAACAAGGACGGCCCGAACCGGAAGUUGUCAAAGCAGGUGGCAUAUUUGAAACAGCCUAUGAGAGAGUACUAUCUAAGCAUGAAGGAUUUGCAAUACUUGUAGAAGAAAAGGAUUAUGAACAGGAAGAAGAAUGGAUGGAAGAUGUGUCAAAAGAAUAUGAUGCUAUUUGUAUAAUGAUAAAUGAUUAUAAAAUAACCAUGGCUCCGAAGAACAAUAUUACAACCGAUAAAGUGGAAAAUCCAGCCAGCUCUCAGGAUGUCGAUGUGGACCCAAACAACACAAAUAUACCAUCUGGAUCAGGCAUUAAUGAGACUGCAGAAUCUGUACCACCAGGGGAGACGGAACCCACUGUUACAUUGGAAUUAUCACCUGACAACCAAGCUGCCGCAACUAAUUUUUCCACUUAUGCUGCACCCUCACCCAGUCCAACUUCCAUGAAAUUGAGAACAGAGAGAGCACCGCUUCCUAAAUUUGAUGGAAAUGUUCGAAAUUAUCUGGACUUUCGUAGAGAUUUCAAAUUUUUGGUGGAAAAGCAAUACACAACUCAGGAAGCCCUUUAUGUUCUUCGUAGCUGCCUGGACAAAAGCAGUGCCGACCUGAUAAAAUGCAAGGAGGACUACGAUGCUGCAUGGGAAAAAUUAGACCGAGAGUAUGGCGACCCGAGAAUUGUUUCUGAUGUCCUGCUGUCUGACUUGGAGAAAGUAAAGCCAGUGGAUGAAUUUGACUAUGCACACUUUGUUCAGUAUCAUGCUUUAAUUGAGAAGAUAUUCAGCAUGCUGACGAAACUGAAUCGACCCGGAGAUUUGGAUAAUACAACAACACUGAGUGCCAUGGAGAAAAAAUUAUCAAGGAAUGACCGUCUAAAGUGGGCAGAUUACCAAGAAGAAAAGGGGGUAACUCCAAAAAUUGAAAACUUUCUAAAAUGGAUGGAGAAGGAAGUACGAAAGAGAAAGAUUGCUGGAGCCGACAUUCGUUCCCAGAGAACAAUUUCUCGAAGUGCUGACAACAAAGGCUCAGUAAAUACCAUCGCAUUGAAAGGUGAGAAGGGUACCAGCACGGACAAACUCGAUUCAAGGACUGAGAAUCCAGGUGAAGUAUUAGGUGAGGGCAACCAAUCACCACCACAACCACCACCACCACCACAACCAACGUUUCAGCAUUGUUGGUUAUGCAAACAGCCCCACCAGUUGGACACAUGCCAACGGUUUCUGAGUAUGACCCCUACUGUUCGUCUUACAGAGGUGAGGAAAGCUCAUGCAUGUUACUUUUGUUUAAAAAUUCAUCGCAACCCAUGUAGAAGAAAGAAAAAGUGCACGUUGUUAAGAGACGGUGAAGCAUGCAAGUUCAGUCAUCACCCCUUGCUCCAUGGAGCGCCAUUUGAGCGAAUGUCCAAUAACAAUGUAUCUGUCAUUGCAGGAGGAGAAAGCCUGCUCCCAACCUUGGAAGUCAGUGCAAUAAAUGCUAUAUCCAAACGGAAAGCUAAAGCAAAUAUCCUGUUUGAUGGAGGAUCUCAAUUAACUUUAAUCAGAGAACAAUUUGCCCAAAACCUAGGAUUGCAUGGUGAGAGCAUUGGCGUCCGUAUAAGUAAAGUUGCGGGGACCGAAGAGUUGCUGCAAACUAAGAUCUACACUCUCCAGAUUCGUUCCCUUGAUGGUGGCCCGAAAUUCGCGUUGAAAGCCGUAGCUAUCCCUCUGAUAAGUGAAAACGUCAGGGCGGUUCGUAUUGAGAAGUAUGCAAAGUUGUUCAAGAUUGACGCCAAGCGACUUCACCGGGGUUCUGGAGCAGUAGACAUCCUCAUCGGCAUCGACCAUGCUCGACUCCACGGUCGCAACACGCUAGUCAAUGGAAAUUUUGCUGUGCGGCAAUCCCCUCUUAGGGCGGUAGUUUUUGGAGCCGGUCCCGAUGGUUUAUGUUCAGUAAACCGCAUCCAUCUUGUUCGACUUAAUGACCCAGUUGAUCUAACUUCUUUCUGGUCCACUGAGCAAAUGGGGGUAGAAGUGAACCCUUGCUACACCAAGAGAACGCCAGGGGAGAAACUGCUUAGCUCUAUCGAGAAGGAAGAGGCGAAGAUUAUUCGCGACAGUGCUGUAAAG